GAAACUGUACUAUUAUAAAACCCCACUUAUCAAUCAUCUUGUUUAUGUUUACACUUACCAGUACAUAAUUCUCAACCACAGAUUUUGAAGAAAGAAGAUCACAAGCAAAAGAGAGGAAAAUGGAGCAGAUUUUAUAUGACCAAGUCGUUGCUCCUGUUGUGAAAUUUAUGGCAAGUCAUAUCACGAAACACCUAGGAUAUGUGUUUUGCUCUACAAAACAUGUUACGGGCAUGAAAGAUAAAUUGAAAGAUUUGGUGGAUACAAGCACUGAAGUUAUAGAGCACAAGAACAGAAACGAAACAAAUGAUAAAGAGAUACCUGCUCGUGUAGAGGCUUGGUUGGGAGACGUUGAGAAGGUCAAGGAUCAAGUCCAAAGCAUCCCAAAUGAUGACAUUGGAUGUUUGCACAUGAAAAAUAGGUAUCGAGUGGGAAGAAACGCUUCUAAGGCUACUAUGAGGAUCCAAGAACUUAUUUCAAAAUAUUCUGAGUUUACUUGGACCGAUGCCCCAUUGCCUACUGGAAGAGCCACAUCCUCCACCACUUCUACACCGUUAUCAUCGUCACCGGGUGGAGAUGACUUCAAGUCCAGAGACGUGCCGUUCAACGAUGCAUUGAGGCUCCUUCAACAAGACGACAACAAGAGUCAAGUGAUAGCCUUGUGUGGAAUGGGUGGUGUAGGAAAAACCACCAUGAUGGAACAACUUAAAAAAGUUGCAGAAGACAAGAAGAUGUUUGAUUUCUUUGUGAAAGUUACUAUUGGGAGAAAUCCUAACAUGUUUUCUAUUCAGAAUGAUAUAGCCAUAUGCAUAGGAGGCGAAAGUUUACGUGAAGCAACUGUAACAGCAAGGGCAGAUACUCUCCAAAGAAAAUUUAAAAGAAAGUUAGAAGAGGAUAAAAAAAAGAUUCUAGUUAUAUUAGAUGAUGUGUGGGAGAAGGUUGAAAUCAAGGAUUUUGGACUAACAAGUCCUUUGCCAAAAGGCGUCAAGUUGUUGUUGACAUCACGAGAUUCAAAAGUUUGCACACUAAUUGCGGAUACUUCCCUACUUCAAGUAGUCAGAGUCAAUGUGUUGUCAGACGCGGAAGCACAAAAUUUCCUUUCUAAAUAUACUGGAGUUUCUAUAGAACAUGAUCAAGAUCAGUUUCAAAUAGGAUGUGAUAUUGUCAAAAAAUGUGGUAAUUUGCCUCUUGCCAUCAAGCUCAUUGGCACAACCCUCAAAUCUCAAGAAACUUAUGUGUGGAGGGACACACUUAACCGUCUGAAGAAUCAUGAUCUUGAUGAUAAUGUGCAAGAAAUUAUCAGAAUAAGCUAUGAGUAUGUAAAAAAAGACGAGGAUAAAGAGAUUUUUCUGCAUUGUGGCUUGUUUCCCGAGGACACCGAUAUUCAAAUUGAGGAUCUGGUUAGACACGCAUGGGGCCUAAAGUUGUUUAAAAAUUUUUCCACUCUGAGAGAGGCUCGAGACAGGACAAAUACAUGUGUGCGCAAUCUCGUAAAUGCAAAUUUGUUGAUGGACAGUGAAGAGCUUGGAUGUGUUAAAAUGCACGAUCUUGUGCUUGCUUUUGUGUUAGAAAGAGUUUCCAAAGGUGAUUUUGCCUGGAUUGUAAACCAUGGCGAUGUUUCCUCGUGGGAUAGAGACGAAAUGAAUGAGUCUUGCAAAAGGAUGUCAUUAACAUGCAUGGGUAUGUCGGAGUUUCCGCUAGACUUCAAGUACCCAGACCUCUCUUUUAUACAACUUAUGGACGGGGAUCAGUCGCUCAAGUUUCCGGAAGAUUUGUAUGCAAGUAUGGAAAAUCUCAAAGUCAUUGCAUUUUAUAAAAUGCAAUAUCCACCGCUUCCGACAUCUCUUCAAUUUUCGACCAACCUUAAAUCACUUUGUCUUCAUAAUUGCGAAUUGAUGUCUGAUUGGUCUUUCAUUGGAGAUCUUGUGAAUUUGGAGGUGCUCAGUCUUGCUUAUUGUGACAUCAACAAGUUAUCAUCUAAGAUAGGGAAUCUAGGAAAGCUGAAGUUACUAGAUCUGACAGGAUGUGCCUACCUUCAUAUUGAUGAUGGCGUCUUUAUAAAUUUAGUCAAACUUGAAGAGCUUUAUAUGAGAGGUCUUUAUAGGGGUGGAAUCGACUUCACGGAUGCUAAUUUGGAAGAGUUAAAGAAGCUUUCAUGCCAACUUUGUGCAUUAGAGGUCCAAUUCUCUCUUAUGAACGACCUAAAAGAUCUAUCCUUUGAGAAACUUGAUAAGUUCAAGAUCUCUAUAGGUGGUAGAAACUUUGAAUUUGAAAGAGAUAUUUCAUUCAAAACUACAUUACAACUAAACCUUUUGGCCGACCACAGAAGCGGCCUUGUGGACUACAAAAUUCAUGAGUUGGUCAAGAAAUCAGAGAGUCUAUUUUUAAGUAUGUACCAUAUGAGUCAUCUUGAAGAUUUUGUUCCAGUCAAUCCUUAUGAUCAAAGCUUUUUUUUGUAUCUAAGAGACUUUCAUGUUGAUGGUUGUGGUAAUUUGAAAUACCUCUUCCCAACACAUGUGACACGUGGUUUGAGGAAACUUGAGCGCCUCACAAUUAGGUCAUGCUCUGUUUUGGAAGCAGUGGUGCAUGAUUACAAUGGCGAGAUAAAUGGUAAAGGCGAGAUGAUCAUUUUUGAGGAGCUAAAGUAUUUAUACUUAGAUGGCUUACCAAAGCUUGUACGUUUGUUCCCGGUUGACAGUGUGGUUGAGCUACCGCAACUGGUUGAACUGGAAGUUGAUGACCUUCCCAGCAUCACUAGCGUUUAUCCUGACAAUAAAAAUACUUCUGCAUGGCAACAAGCACUCUUUAAUAGUCAGGUUAGAACUUCCGAGAUGAAAAAGGUAGUUAUUAAAAGUAUGGAUAACCUGGAGCGGAUAUGGCCGAGUAGUAGUGAGGAGGAAUUUGAUAAUAUUCCCAUGUUAAGAGACGUUAGAGUGGAGGAAUGUUAUAAGCUUGAGAAUCUAUUUCCAACCAAUCCAAUGCGAUUAUUGAAACAUCUAGAACAAAUAACAAUUUCAGAGUGUAAUUCCCUUCGAGAGAUAUUCAACAUAGACUUGGAAUGUUUUGGUGAAAUUGAACAAGUUAUCAACAUCAGCUUGCGUUACAUUUCUGUGCGUGGUUUUCUUCGAGAGUGUCACGUGUGGAGUAUAAAUGGUGGUGAAAGAAACUCAAGUUUUCAUGACUUUGAUACAUAUUCGACAUAUGAACAAACUUCGCACCAACCGAGUCCAAAUUCGAUUCGGUUAAGAAGAGAAAGAGGCAAUUUGGGUGAAGCAUCGAGUGGUCAAGCCGGGGCAGACACGCGCAUGAAAGGAAAGCUUUAAGAUACAUGGCUUUACGCUUCGUUGUGUUUUUGUUAAAUUGUGUGUUAUUUGUGUAUAACUAAAUAAUGGUAAUUACUCAUAAAGUUUGGUUUGUUUAAGGUGAUGGAUUUCACAUGAAACAACCAAACGGGUCAAAAUAAGGAAUGUUGAUGAGUUUGGCUUGUUUAAAGUAAGGGAUUUCACAUGAAACAACCAAAUGGGUCAAAUAACGAAUUAAUAAUAAGCUUGGUUUGUUCCAAGUGAUGGAUUUCACACCAACAAACAAAUGGGUCAAAACGAAGUUGUAACGCAUACCGAAAUGGGUGCGAGAGUAAGGACUUCGGCAUAAACCCGAUUGAAGGGUUAAAUUUACGAAGGCAUGCAUAAAUCGGGUAACGGGAACGUGAACAAUAAAUCAAUGGACCCGGAUAAUGGGUCAUAAUCGGAAGAAUGUGAAUUCCUGAAAAUAAUUCGGACUAAUUAAGUUCGACCAUUAAAAGGUUGAACGGGUCGAAUAAGCAUAAACGCAAACCGGGUAACAGAUGCGUGAAAAGCAAAUUUAAUAACCCGGGUAAUCGGGUAAAGUCGUAAAAAUGAUGUUUUUGCGAAAAAGAUGUAAAUUUCAUAGUCUUGAUUGGUUAAACAUGCAAAUGGGUCAAAUAAAUAAACAUAUAAAUUUAGAACUGAUAGCGUAAAACAUAAAGUUAUAAACCCGAGUUAUGGGUUUAUAAGAUAAGAAUGUUGGCAAAUGUUAUUGGGUCAAGUAGAAACAAUUUUCGUGCGAAAAGGAUAAGUAAUCGGAAAGUUACGGACAUGUUUGUAAAAAAAGGGACAAGAAUGGAAAUGUUGCAGCUGGGCUGCGCCGUAGGCUACGGCUCUGGGGAUGGCUGGAAAUAACAGAAAAGGGGUACCGUAAGUUACGGCAUACAUGUCGUAGCUUGCGUCGGGUCUUCUCACCAUCUUUUUGUUUGUUUGUUUUGGUAAACUUGGGUUAUCGAACUACGUUUAAGCAUCAUAUAACUGACGUGUGAGAUGAUAUUUGAU